CAGAGGGUCAGAACGAAUGUGUGUGCGCUUGAGCAUUUAGGCUUAUUAUUCAUUUAUUUCGUAUUUUGAAUUAGUUAAUUAUAUUAAUUCAAAUCUUUUGAUUAUUCAUAUCUUAAUUUGUUUAUAUUUGUAUAAAUAGAUUCGGCUCUUCUGAUAUGCGAGAUGGCUCUAGAUCCGACUCGUUCGCGAACGACCCAUCACUACACCACAGGCUUCUGAUUCGUGGUGGAUCUGGCACCACGACGAGUGAACCAGAAUCAGGCAGGGUUUACAGGAGACGUUGAAUAUGGCGAUUUUCAUUUUAAACGCCAUAUUCUGGUUCACACGAGGAGUAAUGUUAGUAGCUAGCUGGCAAGAAAGCUACCUGUCACGGGGAGGAGUUCAUGUAUUUUUCAACUUUCAUGGUUUGCAUCCAAGCCUGGUUGUAAAAGUCUUCUAACGAGUUAACGUUACAGCAAACCGUGUUCUGGUCUGGUGGUGGACAGAUUGCUAAAGUUAACGUAGAACGCGUUCAUCUUGUUACCCCCAUGCACUGGAGUCUCGAUUCUGCCAUCUGGCUCAUUUAAUGUUAAAAAUAUUAGUAGUAAAGUUAGAAACAAGUCAGGGCAGGCAGUAAUUCUCAGUAACGUUAGAACAUUGACAUGUGACAAGAAAAUGGCUUUACCACCUAUGAUUUAAUUGAUUGGCCUGUUCUGACACAUUCUUGGUGUGAAAUAUAUAUGAAACGUGUUGUAUUUUUGUAAUUAUCCUUGCAUGUCGAUGGUGGUUGGAUAGUUAGAUUUUGAGGCCCGGCCAAGCUCAUUCAAAUUUUCAGCAAUGACGCUAGCCAACAAUGUUAACUGACUUUGAUGGAUAGUCGUUUUAUCAAAGACACUGAAGACGCCAGUGAAACUGACCUAGCGAAACACAACGAGGAUGACUAUGUGGAAAUUAAAGAACAGAUGUACAAAGACAAGUUGGCAUCAUUGAAAAGGCAGUUGACGCAACUCCAAGAAGGAACACUUCAGGAGUACCAGAAGAGAAUGAAGAAGCUGGACCAGCAAUAUAAAGAGAGACUUCGCAAUGCUGAUCUCUUCCUCCAACUCGAGACAGAACAGGUGGAAAGGAACCACAUCAAAGAGAAAAAAGCGGCGGUGAAGGAGUUUGACGAUAAGAAGGUUGAGCUGAAGGAAAAUUUAAUUUCUGAGCUGGAGGAAAAGAAGAAGAUGAUAGAGAAUGAGAAAUUAACAAUGGAGUUGACCGGCGAUUCUAUGGAGGUGAAACCCAUCAUGACCCGGAAAUUGAGGAGGAGGCCCAACGAUCCAGUCCCCAUUCCAGACAAACGAAGGAAACCUGCACCUGCUCAGUUAAACUAUUUGCUAACAGACGAACAGAUAAUGGAAGAUCUGCGAACACUGAACAAGCAGCUGAAGUCCCCCAAGCAUCCAGUGUCUCCGUCUUCUCCAGACCAUAUGCCCACCACUCCAGUAGAGGUCCCUUCACAGCGCUAUGAAGCCCGCAUCGAAGAAGGAAAGCUCUACUAUGACAAGAGAUGGUACCAUAAGGGCCAAGCCAUCUACCUGGAGUCAAAGGAGAAUACCAAGAUCAGCUGUGUCAUCAGCUCUGUGGGAACAAACGAGAUCUGGGUGAGGAAGACCAGUGACAGCACAAAGAUGAGGAUCUACCUGGGACAACUGCAGAGAGGAGCGUUUGUCAUCCGACGGCGGUCAGCGGCAUAGAACACAUGCCCCUUCUGUUUCUCCAUCCAUCUCCAUAGCAUUUCUCCAUCCAUCUCUAUAGCAUCUCCCUCAUUCUAUCUCUUUUUGUAAGUAAAGUAUGUGGCUUCACUCAUGUUGAUCCCCCGCCUCAAUGACUUCCUGAAGUUUCAACUAGGGAUGCACCAAUUAUAACAUUUUUGCCCGAUAUUGAUAUUUUCCUUGCCAAAUAAAACGAUACCCGAUAUGUAACAUUUUUGCGGCCUUUUAAGCAUUCUAGUACAGUUAAAUAGUUAACACGCAAACGGCGCAGCGGUCUAAGGCACUAUAUCUCAGUGCAAGAGGUUUCACUACAGUCCC